GUUUAUUUGUAAAGACCGCUUUAAAUUCAAUAUGGCCUCUAAUAAUUAAGGUUUGUGCCACACAUUUGCUAAUGAAUUGAGGGUGUCCAAGCAUGCCGAGGAGGAGGUGUGGCGUUGUGCUAGACCUCCUUAAACUCGGAUGUCUAUGUUCCUGAUUCAGAGCUCGGGUUGGUGCGGUAAGAACAGAAACAGGCUGCCCUUACUGGGCGGAUCAGACUUCUCACUCCAGCUGCGUGGACGGGACCACACAUUCACAAACUCCUCAAAAGAAAAGCAAACAAUUUCACUCGUAUUUUGAGCGUUGAGCGUCAGUCAAAGUCUUCUUUACGUAUUUCAAAAGUUCUCCACAAACGUAAGGAUGUUUUUUUUUAAUGAUCAUCGCAUCUAAAAAUCUGAAUGGACAUUUAUGCCUCGGUGCCUCACAAGGACAUCUGAAUCCUCGAUGUGACCUCAAGGUUUCUACAGGCUUCCAGGAGGUUCGGAGAACAUUUGCUACGUUAAAACUAUAAUAAUGCAACAUCCUUUGGAGAUUGGGGCGCACUACUACCCCCCGGAUGUCCAUCCAGACCAAAGGUCUCACAGGUACAGGAGUUUCAUGAUUGAAGAGAUUCUUACAGACCAUCCGGAUCACAAGAUAUCAAGUCCCACUGGAGACCUUCUCAAAUUUGGAGUACAUGCCCUUUUGUCCGCCAGACCAUACCACAACCACUUAGUCCUGAAAGCAGACCAGACCAGUAUCCUUAAGUUUCCAGUGUCUCCUCUGUCCUGCUCGCUCGGGGCGCCGUUGGGCUCUGCGCUUCUGUCCGGAGCUGCGGGUCUGCAGAUGGGGUCUUCGUCCCAUCAUCUCCCGCUGGACCUCCAUCUUCGGGGUAAACUCGACCCUGGAGCUGAUUCAGUAAGCAAGACUAAGAAAGGAAGAAGGAGUAGGACUGUGUUUACCGAGCUACAGCUGAUGGGCUUGGAAAAACGAUUUGAGAAACAAAAGUAUCUCUCAACUCCUGACAGAAUAGACCUGGCGGAGUCUCUAGGCCUGAGUCAGCUUCAAGUCAAAACAUGGUAUCAAAACAGAAGAAUGAAAUGGAAAAAAAUCGUGUUGCAAGGAGGUGGGCUAGAAUCUCCGACCAAACCCAAGGGCCGUCCAAAAAAGAACUCCAUCCCCACCAGCGAACAGCUGUCGGAGCAGGAGGCGAUACGAGAAGCGGACCGCUUAUCCGACGGCGGUGCUUCUUCACUUUCUGAUGCAAACCAAGAGGAAUAAAUGAGAAGACCCCGAUCCGUGCGAAUACGUUUGUCUCCGGGACACAGACGGACCUAUAAUUGGCCUCUUUGGAUCAUUGUGCACCGAUGCCUUUAUGUUGGCACUUACACAGACCUAACCACUUGGCCUGAUUUUAUACUACAUAUGUUUUGUCUGUUUGUUUGAUUACGCCAACUUUUGCGGGCCUCGAAAAGUCAUAGUGAACUUUUUCCAGGGACCUGAGGGGUGGUUAGUAGUGAAUGAUCUUUCUCUCAGCAUUGAAGGCUGUAGUAUCAUGGACUUUUUUAUCGG